AUGAAAAUCACCGGAAAAGAAAUAGACAUGUUACUUGAACGUGUUUUACAACUAGCAAACAAACCAACAAAAAACUUAACCCUUGACGAAGCGGAAAAUGAAGCGAAGCUACUUGGAAUUAAGAAAUGUGCAUUAGAAAACAAACAACAAACAAGUACAAUAUACCCACCUGAAGCCAAAAGCUUAACUUUUGACGAAGUGGAAAAAGAAGCAAAGCUACUUGGAAUUAAGAAAUGGGCAUUAGAAAGUGGACAAAUGAAAUCACCGGAAAAAAGAAAUAGACACGUCACUUGA